UGUUGAACUUGUUCUGUUCAUUUCGUCCAUCGUCGAGUCGAACAACAACAAGAUCAUUAACAUUAUAUUGGCGAUUGCUUGCACGUCUGCACGAGUCCCGUUUUCUCGCUUCUUCAAACCUUCAGUAAUCGUUUAACGAAAAGUGCUAACAAGAACUACAGAAGCUACGCCGCAGACUGGCCGCAUUAGUGCACAUGUGGUGUGUUAUAAUAUCCUACCAAAAUGGAAACUGCAGCUCAAGAGGGACAGCAGUGCACUCAAAUUUGGUGGCCCCGAUUUGUCGCCCAAAAAGAACGAGUUGCUGAGCUGCAAAACGCCCCAGAAGCAGAGGGACCCGUGUCGGUCGGCGUUUUGCAAACUGUUCUCAGGGAUGCAUCCACACUUUCCUACUUCAUCUUGCGAAACGGUGAUUCAGUGAAAGGAGGAGAAAGUCCCCUUGUGCUGGCUGGUAAAGCAUUCAAAAUGCUUAUGCGCCAAAAGCCAUAUACCCUAAUUGAAGAUGAGGAGACCCCUAACAUACCUCCAGAGCUGGUGACCACUGGCUUGACCCCUCGGCAAGCCCUCCUUGCCAAGGAUAGCCCCAAAGAGCUCUCUGGCAACAUCCUUUUUGCCUUGGCCAGGAUGAAUAGCUUUCGCCCCCCCCCCCCCCCCAGCUGGCAUGAUUCAUUGUCAGAGUGA